AUGCCGAAAUCCGAUCUUCUCCCUGUUCCUUACCCUAAAUUUGUUAACUCUUAUGGCAAAUUUGGACGAUGUGAAAAUUGCAAAUAUGCUGUAGAUUCAACCGCUGAGAUUCAGGGCAGACGACUUUGCCGUGAAUGCAAGGAUGAGAAACAUCCUAAAUCCUCGGCAAAGUUUCAAGAAACGGACGCUACAUUCAAAUGUCCAGCAAAAAGUUGUGGAGCUGAUAAACUCUCUUACCGGGAAUUUUAUGUUGGGUCUUGUUGCGACGCUGCUUUGGAUAGAGAUGUCAGGGAAGAAAAAAACGAAGAGUUAUUGCUCAUGCAAAAGAUUUAUCAUCAAUCAAAAGCUGACGAAAAAAUUUUUCGUGAAAAAUGGGAAGAAACUAAUUUGUCUAUCUACCCGGCGAAAAUGACCGUUGAAGAUAUUGAAGUGAAACUUUAUUUUGCCAAAGAAAAACUAAAAAUGAAAGAAGAUGACGCUGCAAAAGCAUGGGAAAAACACCUUGCUAAAACAAAUUGGCGAAAAAAAGUUCAAAAGCGUAUUUUUAUCGCUGCGAAAUCUUUAGCAAAGGAGGAUAACAGUGAUUUUGAAGAAGAGCCAGUAGAAAAAAGGUCUAAACAAAAUGCUGAACAUAAUUCUCGCUCAUCAUCUGAUGAAGAUAGCGAUGCGGAGGAAAAUAGAGCGACUAGCCCAGAAAGACCCUCAUUUUAUUCGUUCGUGUUGACGCCUCGAUGCAUGGUCUGCGAUUUCGGCUUCGACAACGAGCAUCAAGAAGCUAUCAUCACCCCAUGCGGCCACAAAGCCUGUUUCAACUGCAUCUCCAACCUUUCGGAGAAAAAGUGUCCGAAAUGCAAAGCUGAUUUCACUGACGAAAAUGUUUACAAGGUUUCCAACUGA